AGAGAGAGAGAGAGAGAGAGAGAGCGCUAGAGCGAGUGAGCACUAGUCUGCGCGGAGCGCAAGUCUGCUCCCAGGGCAUCGCUGGGUCUCUGCUGGCAAGGGUGACUGCCCUGUGUGAACCAGAAGCAAGCGCUUCGGAGUGACUGUAAAAGCGCGCACGGGGGACCUCAGCUCCCCUAGGAUCUCCAGGGCCGGGUCCGGAGGCGACUCUUAAUCCCCCUUUAUAGAGCUUGAUAACCUGCAAAGUUUGAGACAUUAAGGUCUCAAAAAAGUUUGAGACUUUAAGAGUCUGGAAAAAAGAGGAGAGAAACCCAACCAAGACGAAAGGCGAAGGAACUGAUCACUUAAGAGAAGGAUUGAAACGCGGAGAUUCCGGAGUGAACUCUGAGGUGCAAAGGAAGGACCAACACAAUCGUUGCGAUCCGCCGGGCUGGGUCUUCUUGCACCUUGGGUCACGCCUCCUUGGCGAGAAGGCGCCUCGCCUUUGAUUGCUUGCAGUUACUGCAGAAACUUCCUGCCCUGGUGGAGAAGCGGGUCUCGCUUGUGUGGUGCUCGCUCCUGGGCUCCUGGCUUAAGGCGUGAGACUGAGUUCACACGGUCUUUGGUCCCCGAGCCAGGAAGGGUUGGGGGAACAGUGUCUGCGAGCCCUCUGCGCCCCACGUGACGGGUCCCGUGUUGGGGUCCUUCUUUACUCUUACAUUCGCAUCCCUCGGGGCUUUGCGCCUCCCCGGAACACCUCGCCGGGAGAUGGCCGCGUUGAUGCGGGGCAAGGAUUCGUCCCGCUGCCUACUCCUACUGGCCGCGGUGCUGAUGGUGGAGAGCUCACAGCUCGGCAGCUCGCGGACCAAACUCAACUCUAUCAAGUCCUCUCUGGGCGGGGAGACGCCUGCCCAGGCCGCCAAUCGAUCUGCGGGCAUAUACCAAGGACUGGCUUUCGGCGGCAGUAAGAAGGGCAAAAACCUGGGGCAGGCCUAUCCUUGCAGCAGUGAUAAGGAAUGUGAAGUUGGAAGAUACUGCCACAGUCCUCAUCAAGGAUCAUCAGCCUGCAUGGCAUGUCGGAGGAAAAAGAAGCGCUGCCAUAGAGAUGGCAUGUGUUGCCCUGGUACCCGCUGCAAUAAUGGUAUCUGCAUCCCAGUCACUGAGAGCAUCUUAACCCCUCACAUCCCAGCUCUGGAUGGCACUCGGCAUAGAGACCGAAGCCAUGGUCAUUAUUCAAACCAUGACUUGGGAUGGCAGAAUCUUGGAAGACCACACACCAAGAUGUCACAUAUAAAAGGGCAUGAAGGAGACCCCUGCCUGCGAUCAUCAGACUGCAUUGAAGGGUUCUGCUGUGCUCGUCACUUCUGGACCAAAAUCUGCAAACCAGUGCUCCAUCAGGGCGAAGUCUGUACCAAACAGCGCAAGAAAGGCUCUCAUGGGUUGGAAAUUUUCCAGCGGUGCGACUGUGCAAAGGGCCUGUCUUGCAAAGUGUGGAAGGAUGCCACCUACUCUUCCAAAGCCAGACUCCAUGUGUGUCAGAAAAUCUGAUUACGAUCACCAAUGAGGAAAAUCACCACUAGCAGACUGUGAAUUUGUGUAUUUAACGCAUUAUGGCAUGGUGGAAAAUAAAGUUUGGAAUGCAUAAGAAUGGUAUAGAUGAGGAAGGUGAUAAGAAUAUAGACCACAGACAGAAUGAAAGAAAAGGAGAAUUGAAUGGUUAGAAGGGGUGUCAAACUCAGCGCAACCAGCAGGCUUCCAUUAUGCAACUUGUUUAUGUAAAUAAUGUACACAGUUGUGAAAUGCUAUUAUUAAGGAGAAAAAGCACAUAGUGGAAAUUACUGAAUUCCAUGUGAAUUUCCAAGAGUUUAGAUUGUGCUGGAGGAGAGAGUUUCUUCAGAUUGGUGAUUGCCUAUAAAAAUAAUCUAAAAUCCAUAUUUCUUCUCAAAGUUCUAGUUUAACAAAAUACCCUCAUUAUACAUUGAUGUGAAAGUUCUAAAACAUGAAAAGAGUUGAUAAAUGGGAAAUGAAAACGUAAAGCACAAUUAAUUUUCAAGAGAAACACCUUUUAAUUUGGAACUCUACUUUGACUGCUCAAUUAAAGGAUUUGUGUAGACAAGGGGGGAAAAAAAAGCAGUCAAUAUUUUCCAAAUACUUUCAAAAUAAUGACAGAUCUUCCAUCAAGUUCUUUGGAAAAAACAAACUUGUUUUUCCUCAAAUUGCUUAUUUACAUUUUUUUCAUAAAUUUAAUUUCACCUGUAACUAAUAAGAACUGAUAUAAAAUAAAAACCAGUUCCUUGAUAUGAUCUGUCUUGCAGCAACAUGGCAUAAUGAAUCCCGCUUUUAUGUAUAAUUAUAAUGCACCAAUAAAAAACAGUUCCUUGAUUCUAAAGGAAUAACACUGCAUAUUUCUUGAUUGUAUAUGAUUCCUACCCUGAGCACAUUUUGUUUUCCAAACUGCAUUCUUUAAUUGUGACUAGUGUAAUAAAUGCACAGAGAAGAGUUUUCACAGAUUGCAAAAUGUUUAAUGAUAUUCAAAAUACGUGGGAUAUGAAGCUAAUGGAGUGAUCAUUAUUUUGAAAAGAUUUGACACACCUUAAGUUUUGAUAGUUUUAGAUCAAUAAAUACAUUUCUUUUUCACAUGCUCUGCAGUGGAGUAGGGUGAAGCUGAUAAUAGGGACUUGAGCGGUAUCUGUAUUGCACUGAAGCACAGCAAAGAAAUGGGGAAAGCUUUGUCAAUUGUCAAGGUUGUGGAAACACAUAUAUCUAUAUACAAAUAGAUCGUAUGUCUGAAGCACAAGUUGACUUUUUUUCAUCUUUGAAAUCAGAGACUGUACAACCUACAUGGAAGUUCUCCAUGGGAUUUGCUAUUAUAAUCCUUGCUAUGCAGAUGAGUUCAGUGUGAGUUCAAUUGCCCUUCCUAUCCUCAAAAUAUUUAUUUUAUAUUUUUGAAGUACUUAAGGAAUCUUAAUUAUGAGGAGGUCUCACAAAAUGGGCUCAUGAGGUAGGUAGUGCAGUGAGGUUCUAUGUCCUCCUUUAGCUUCUAACCAACUGAUAAGCCAUCUAAUUUUUCUAUCUGAUUUUUCUGCACCAACCUUCCUCUGCAACAGCCUUUUAUUGCCAAAGAAAUAGUUUCUGGUUUUGCAGUCAGUGAGGUUUAUAAAAAUGUAAUAACUUGUAAAAUCUACAUAUUGCUAGCCUAUAGAAACCACAGUUCUAAAUUCUUUGAAACCAUUUUGCUACUUUUAUUUUUAACCAGUUCUAAAUAUUAUGUCUACAGCAUAAAAGGAAAAAAGUUAUCUUAUAGUUGUUAUUUUAAACUAUUGUAGACUGCAAGUCACUCCUUUAUUUUCCUUUACUUAAACCCCAUCUGCAGUCUCCAAUUCAAGUUCUCCCAGCAGAAAUUGAAUCUGAGCCUGUCUAUCUAUUAAAAUUUCAUCUUCCCACACUGUUUACUAGGAUUAUGAAGACAUAUGUUUUCUGCACAUGUCUGCAAAAACUAAAAUUAAAAGCUAAUUUAUCCAAGAGCCAAAGUUUGUGCCAAACAAGGUAUAUAAGCUUGGUGACAUGAAAAUGGAACAUUUCAGCCAAACAUUUCCUAUAUAGCAAUUACAUUUACAAUCUGGUUUCUGCAUUAUUUCCCUUAUGUUCACCCUUUCAAAAAUUAUUAUUUGAAGUAAUUUAUUUACAGGAAAUGUUAAUGAGAUGUAUUUUCUUAUAGAGAUAUUUCUUACAGAAAGCUUUGUAGCAGAAUAUAUUUGCAGCUAUUGACUUUGUAAUUUAGGGGAAAUGUAUAAUAAGAUAAAAUAUAUUAAAAUUUUCUCUCCAAAAAAAUUGAAUUCAAAUUUCCUUGUGUUUUGCUUAUGGGGAAAAUUCUCAUGGAUUCAUAAUCUCCAUGGUUUAAUUGUAUUUGGUCCGAUUCUGUUGCCUAAGUGGGAAUCCUUUGGAUGACAUCACCAUGAGGUGAUCCAAGGCAAUUUACUAUUACUGAUGGAGCUCAUUUUAUGGUAGGACAAUGGUAAUUGUUGGAAAGUUAAUUUUUAGUUAAAUAAAAGUAUUUUAGAUUGUGCUUUCCACCCAUUUAUUCUUCUUUUGGAGCUUCUUUGAGCAAGGAAUCUACAAAUGUUUUCUGAAUACCUGAAGACAGAUGGCAUCUUCCUCAUAGUUUUCUCUAGGCUAAAAUUUUCUAAAGUGGAGAUGCCAUCAUGCUUAGGGUAUUGGUUCAAUUUUUAUAUGCCAGAAAAAAGCUACAAGUUGUCUUUAUCUGAAGAUGGUGAUAGAUUAAGUAAGGACCCUGAUGAACUCAAAUCCACUUCCUGGGAAAUAUGUCUCACCUCUGCUUUCUGAACCUAGAGACAUCAGGAGUGCUUGACCAAUAAUACUCACCAAUUAGUAGUAAAAGCCCAUGAUUUAUUAGAAAUGCCAAUAGAGUGGAAGUAUAGAGAAAAAAACAUUCUGUGACAUAGUGGAGUGAAUUAAGUGUAGCCAUGGAGCUAGAGUAGUCCCAAAAAGAGCUGAAGAUAUCUCAAGCAUUACUGAGGUAAGUCCCACAUAAUUUUAAACAGUUGGGGUUUUCCAAGUUAUUUGUUUUAUCAAAUUGAAAACAUCAGUUCUCCACUAUGGAAGUUUCCUUGUAAAAUUUACAAUAUGGAUGGGCAGGACAGAAUGAUACACUUCAUUCUGGUACUUAGCAUCAAAGAAGUCAUAAGGCAGAGGCUAAACUGUGUAUUCCUCAUUCAUGAGUCUUGGUUAAAUUUCUCCCAAACUGGACAAUUCGUAUUAUAUAAGAAAAACAAGGAAGGAGUGCAGUUCAACCAAGAUUAUUAUUCCACUCCACAUUUAACUAAUAAUAAGGAUUAGAAAUGAAGGACCCCUCCCACACACAAAUACAUCAUUCCCCAGAUAAUUUUAAAAUCAAUACAUAACCAUUUUUUUAUUAUGAAGAUAUGGGUUUGAAUCAACUAUCUACUGGGACAGUGCUAUGGUUUGAAUAAGAUUUGUGUCCCUUACUAAUUAGAACACACACACACACACACACACACAUAUACAUAUAUAUAUAUAUAAAAGAUUUGUGCCCCUGAAGUGUUUAAUUGUAGGGAAUUUGGUCCCUCUAAUGGUGGUAUUAGAAGAUAGUGUAGAUCUUUGAGAGAUGGAAGUUAGACAAAGGUCCUUAAGUCACUGGACGUGUGGACUCAGAAGGGAUGUGGGACCCCAGUCUCUCUCACUGCUCCUGGUUGGAGACGUAAUCACUUGCUUGCUCCCAUAAUUGCUAUCCAUAUUAUGAGGUAAAAUACCCAAUAUAUAGGCUAUAUACCCUCACCAUAUAGACUUCUUAUACAAUUGGAACUUCCAUUCAUGUGUGUAAUAAAUCUGUUUUCU